AAUUAAUUGAAGUGGGAGAAUAAAAUGAGUAAGAGAUUUGUAUGGGCAAGAAUAUAUAGUUUAGCUUGAAAGGAAGCUAUUGGGAGAGAGAGAGAAGAUAGAAAGUGCAUGAAGCUUGAGCUUACGGCGGGAGAAAAGAAAAAGAAGAACAAAAAGCAAAGAGAAACCACCGAAAAGCAACCUCGCCACCUGUACGUCGCUGUCUCACAACAUUUCUAAGUGUCUCUGAUCGUUCUUUAUCAUCAUUUAUAAACUCUCAAACAACAACACACAUGUUGCACCAACCAUUCUCUCUCUUUCUCACUCUUUCGUUUUCUUCUGUCUCUUCAUGAGAGAAGAACAAAGAGAGAAAGAUUGUCAUGGAACAUAAACAUCAUCAAAACUUGUUCAAGAAACAACACUGUUCUUCUUCUGUCUCCAUGUUAUUGUGUUAUACUACUACUACUUCAUCAUCAUCAUCAUCCUCAUCGAUUCUCUUCUCCCAUGGUUUUGAUCAUCUUCAGUGCAGGGGAGAAGAUUAGAAGAUAUUGAUUGGAGUGUGUGGAUCAAAUUUUUUGUCUCUGUGAUCCAUUCAUGCACACUGUGUUGCAUUGAUUUGUUGAAAAUUAGAUAGAAGAUGGAGACAGGGGAAAGCAACAGCAGUAACCAAAGGUGUGAAGUGUCGAAGGUUUCUUCAUGGUAUAGUCAAUUCAGAAAUGUUUCAAACCCUUGGUUGGCAAGAUAUGUGUAUGCUUUGAUCUUCCUAGUGGCCAAUCUGUUGGCAUGGGCUGCACGUGAUGAACUUUCUAGCCUUACUGCUUUAACUCAACUGAAGGGUGUAAAGGGAUGCAAGGUUGGAAAAGACUGUUUGGGUGCAGAUGGUGUUCUACGUGUGAGCAUGGGUUGCUUUUUGUUUUAUAUGAUAAUGUUCUGGUCAACUGCUGGUACUUCUAAAUUGAAGGAAGGCAGAGAUGAAUGGCACUCAGGAUGGUGGCUAGUCAAGACUGUUCUGUUGAUCCUUGUGACAAUAUUCCCAUUUUUACUCCCUUCUGAGUUGAUUGAGCUCUAUGGUGAGAUUGCACAUUUUGGUGCCGGGGUUUUCCUCCUAAUUCAACUAAUAAGCAUAAUCAGCUUCAUUACGUGGUUGACUGAUUGUUUUGGCUCUGAAAAAUAUGCAGAAAGAUGCCAAAUCCAGGUGAUGUUAUUUGCAACUGUUUCGUAUUUUAUCUGCUUGGUGGGGAUCAUUUUGAUGUACCUUUGGUAUGCACCACUACCAUCUUGCCUCCUCAAUAUUUUCUUUAUCACUUGGACCCUAGUGCUUCUUCAACUCAUGACAAGUGUAUCUCUUCACCCCAAAGUGAAUGCUGGCAUUCUAAGUCCAGGGUUGAUGGGGCUUUAUGUGGUUUUUCUUUGCUGGUGUGCAAUCAGAAGUGAACCUGCAGGAGCUGAUUGCAUCAGAAAGUCAGAGUCUAAAUCCAAAACAGAUUGGCAAAGCAUCAUUAGCUUUGUGGUUGCAAUACUAGCGCUUGUUGUUGCAACAUUUUCCACAGGCAUAGAUUCCAAAUGCUUUCAAUUCAGGAAGAGUGAUCCUCCAGCAGAAGAUGAUGUUCCAUACGGUUAUGGCUUCUUCCAUUUUGUUUUUGCCACAGGAGCAAUGUACUUUGCAAUGCUAUUGAUUGGGUGGAACAGUCACCAUUCUAUGAAAAAAUGGACUAUUGAUAUAGGCUGGACCAGCGCCUGGGUCAGAAUAGUAAAUGAAUGGUUGGCAGUUUGUGUUUAUCUAUGGAUGCUGGUGGCUCCAAUCGUGUGGAAGAACAGACAUGGUGAUUCUACAUAAGGACUUCGCUGCUAUCCCCCAUUGUGGUUUGAAAUUGUGAGGAUUAAGAUAUAAAAUUGCCCUAUAUAUCUGCUGCACAUGUAGUUGAUUCCUCCAAGUGCCCGUGUCUGGUAGGAAAAAGAAUUUCCAACUGCAUGCAGCAUCCUAGAAAUUUGAAGUCAGAAGUAAUGGUGGUGGCACAAAGGCACAUAAGCUUUUGGAUUUGUUACUUGAGGCUACACAGUACCUGUUGUGUUCAUUUGCCACUGAGGGAAUCUAAAUAACUCAACAAUUAGAGUAUGCUAAUCAGAAAUUGCAUUCAUCAUUUUUCAGUUUCCCAGUUUCAACUAUUACAUUUUUUACGUGAGUGAAUCAUUGUAUGUUCGAUACACAGUAUCACCAUUUGUCUGUAACAAAUAAUGUCCAAUACUAUCAAUGAAAUACUGUUCAUCGUUUUUUUA